AUGGCGAGCGCUACCUCCUUUUUGAACCAUUCGGGCAGUCGCCCGCCACUCUAUCGCACCCCUUCUCCUCCACGAUGCGCCGUGGAACCCAUCUCGCCAUUCCCGACGAAAGAAUUCAACUCCUCUCAGUUUUUUGAUCAGGGCUCCCCACAAGCGUUAAACACUGAUUUGGAAUAUAGUAUUCCAAACAAAGGUUUACAUUCCAUCGUGGAUGGCGGUAGUCGUCAGAGGUCGUGCCAUGGCAGGUCAGGCUCUACAAUCGACACUCUCGCGACAAUUGCUCUGGCUACGAGUCCUACGUUCAACCAACUCUCCUAUAGACCUCUGUCUCCUGCCUCUGCUUCUGCGACGCCGCUUUUUGGAUUUGACACUACGGAAUUCGGUGAGCCGCCGGCGAAACGUCUGCGAUCGGAGAAGGACCCGUCUUUCUACCAGCGGGCGAGCGCGGGACCAGACACAAGUUUGCCAUCUAUUCCUGAUAGCAUGAAAACCGAUGCGGAACUUUUGUUAAACUUUGCGCGGCCGAAUUUUGCUUCUUUUUCUGUCCAUCAGAAACGGGUCAGCACAGAUGAGUCAUACCGUUACGAGAGCGACGUGAAGCGCCAGAGAGUUGGCUUUGGUAAUGGAAGUAACAUGGGUUCGGGCGAACAGAAAUCAUCUGGCAACUCCUCUGGCAAUGAUUUUGCACGGUCACGCAUGCGGUCCCAGUCGGAUGGCUCUGCGUUCAUUUCCCGCCCGUUCAUCCAAGGCCUGCGACCCAACACAAGCUCCUCCACCCUCCCACCUGUUCUACCGCAGGAUGAUGAUGAUGAUGUGAAGAAAAUAUGGACUCACGCGCUACCUGAUGGGCAUGGGAUUGCUCUACAUGACGAGAACAAGCUCCCCCAUAAUCCGGCGCCCAAGACGGAAAAUGUGAUGGAAACGGGUAACUCAAACCAGGAGGCGACUUGCGCCUCUUGCAACCUUGUUCGGAUCCCUAUGGACACCGAAGAGCAAGGAGGAGUGACAUGGAUUAACUGCGAUGGUUGUAAGCGCUGGUUCCAUAUCGUCUGUGCCGGAUUCAAACAUGAUCGGGAAAUUCGCACAGUCGAUAAAUUUAUUUGCCGCGAAUGCCGGCCGAUUCACGGUCCGACGACCUUCGUACGCAAAUCCUCUCGGGCUCGUACCGCAAUUGACUAUGCUGGUCUCAACCAGGGGUUUGUCAAGUCCGCUACCGACACCUUGGAACAUCACUACAUCGAACCCAUCAAGCAGGGCAAGAUACAGUUCCUCCCAGAGAACUUCCCGCGGAUGAGACCAGAGCUUAUUACUGCCGAAUACUUUGAGCAAGGCAAUGGGAUGUUGGAGCCAGUUGUGAUCCCGGCUUUCCUGAAUAGUCGUCUCUCCAUCCCUAUAAUGGAUGCUGAGCUCGAUGCUCUUGCGCAAGAGGCUCCCAGUCAAGAGAUGUUCGACGAACUGCUCGAUCAUCUUCCUGAUGAGCGCCAGGAUUUCGAAGAAGUCACAGACUGUGGGCAAGAUCUGUUGGACAUGGUGAUUCCACAAGGUCUCACAGUCAGAACCGUUGCAGACCUUUAUGGCCCAGAGGAAAGAGUGGAGGUCAUUGACGUCAAAUCUCAACAAGGAGAAGACAAGAAAUGGAACAUGCAGCGAUGGGCUGAUUAUUACGAGAGCACUGAUUUCAAGGUUAUUCGCAACGUUAUCAGUUUGGAAGUAUCGCAGAGUAAGCUGGGCAAAUUGAUUCGCCGACCAAAGGUCGUACGAGACCUCGAUCUGCAAGAUUCAGUUUGGCCCGAGGAGCUCCGGGCAAUCGGCGACUACCCAAAGGUCCAAUUCUACUGCUUGAUGUCCGUGGCUGAUUCCUACACUGACUUCCAUAUCGACUUUGGUGGCUCAUGGGUUUACUACCAUAUUUUGAAAGGCAAAAAGACAUUCUUCUUCAUACCGCCGAAGGACAAACACCUUAAGAAAUAUGAGGACUGGUGCAACUCCCCUGCCCAAGACACUACCUUCCUUGGAGAUCAGACGAAGGAAUGCUACCGUGUCGAUCUCUCCGAAGGCGAUACUAUGUUGAUUCCGUCUGGUUGGAUCCACGCCGUAUGGACUCCUGAAAACAGCUUGGUCAUUGGGGGCAACUUCCUGACGAGACUGAGUUACGAAAUGCAGAUUAAGGUCGCCAAAAUUGAAAAGGAUACCAAGGUCCCAAGGAAGUUCCGCUACCCUUUCUUCCAAAAAAUCCAAUGGUAUACAGCAUUAAAGUAUCUGGAAGAGGACCCACUGCCACAGAGUGUACUGGAUACCUUCGCACAAGACGAGAACUACCGCUUUAAAAGGGAGUAUCCCAUUUAUUACGAAUUUGGAGAACGGACGAAUAUGAUGCCUCCUGGAUCCCCUUACCACAAUUCCCGCUUCUAUUCUAAAGCUGAGUUGGACGGCUUACUCCCUCUUGCAAAGUACCUUCUCCGGACCGCUCUGAUUGCUGGAUCAUAUGCAGUGGAAGGGGUGACUACGGAGGCGAGGAAUGCCGUCAGGAGAUCCAUACCAAAGGGAAUUGGUGACCCUGUAGACGUUGUCCGAAAAUUUGGAAUAUGGGUCGCUUGGAAACGUGGGAACGAGCCAGCACCGUCAUGGGUCCACCCCGGAGUAAUAGAGAAUGACCCCAAACUCAGUCUAUCAGAGAAACGACCAACAGGACGGCCAAGUCGCCGGUCAGAGCGCCAUACAGAUCAUCUGAGGAUGCAGGGGGGAAGACACCCAGUUUCUGAACAGACUUCUGUUCUUCUCAACAGCUCUCUCAAUGGUGCGCCUUCGGUACCCUCAAGCAACGGCACCUCUAUCCAAGUUGAGGCAUCAUCGUCGAAUGUCGCCGUCAAAGAUGAGAACCCAAAGCCGCGAACUGUCCAACGGAGUUCUGGCCUAGGCCCGAAACGGGUUGCUUGUGAUGCAUGUCGCAAGCGGCGGAUCCGGUGCCGGCACAAGGAUGAACAAAAUGACACGAACUCGAUAAAGCAGAUUUCCGUGCAUGCUUUUGGUAAUGGAAUGGCCCUGCAGCAACAACAGUCGUCUUUGACACAUGAUGCUGCAUCUGCACUAAAUUCUCUCGCGGCAAUUGCAUCAGAAGCUGGUUUUAAAAAUGCUGACAGUAUGAUCGGCACCGACCAGCUUGAUGGGCCUGGGAAGUCGAGUACGGCGCUUAUAGCUACCCCUGGCGCAGUUGUGAAUAGAUUUAACGAUCUUGGUCCCGUAAUCAACAGUGGGAAGAAGGGACGAAGCAAGGCUUGCGAUGACUGCCGAAAAAGCAAGCGUCGUUGCAUACACGAUGAGCACGGUAAUAUCGACCCUGGUAAGGCACAGGAGAGGUCGAAACCCAGAGCGACAAAUUCAGCUAAGCGUCCACGUCAAGUCGACGGAGACGUCAUGCCGGCAUCCAACAAGAAGCCAAAGCAGGAGAGUACUUCUCCAGUUCCGAGGCCAGCCAAACUGGGUAGGAAAGAUGGGGAAGCGCCAAUUGAGCGUACCCACACCGACGAACAAACUCGUUUCGGGGGCAUUUAUUGGGAAAAACCCAAGGCGAACGAGGUUCUGUCACAGACGCCUGUGGCGGAUAUAGAUAGCAAGGCUACCUUGGGUCAGGCCUCAUAUGCAUCGCCGCCCGCGUUCCAAACGGAUAAUUUGGUUCCGGACGAGGUGAAUCCUACGUCUAUACCUUCUCAGCCUGUUACUUCUCUGGUUUCUCCUCCAACAUCACAAGCGGACGAGACAGAUGUCCUCAUGGAACAUUCUGAUGGCGACGUUGUGACUUCGGUCGAGAGAGAGUCUGUGGCAGCCCUUCAAACGCCAACUUUAAGCUCCCGGCAUUCCUCUCGUCAGCCGCGUAACGUCGAUAGGUACGUACCCGACUCUCAAGCCGCAAGGCCAUCAAAAUUGGUGGUGCAGAUACCACCCGUCGACCGUUCGUCUACGGCUACAAAUUCGCGGAAGGUGACACCAACACCCGUAUCGGCGUCAAAGAAAUCAUCCUUGCAGCUUUCCUCGUCGGACGCCAAAAAGAGCAGCUCCCCGAUAGUUGAAAAGAAAUCUGAUCGUCAUGGUACUUCAUCCAUCUCUCCUUCUCAACCAAGCAAGGGUGCGAAGCGCGAGCGAUCCGGUCCUGCAGAGAAUGGACCCGAUGCAGAGAGUCUACGUCUCAUCCGGGAACUCCAGGAACAAGACUUUGGACUACGAAAGAGGACUGCGCGUGCUUGA